UAAAGAAUCAUAAGUAUAUGCAACAUAGUCAUAAAUGAUAACAGACACAUCUCGAUCAAAUGAGAUGAUAUACACAAGCACCCAAUAACCCAUAGUAAAAGAUCCAAGUCAAGGGACAGAACGUCAGUCACGAACCCUCCCGAACAGCCACCUGCCGAGUCUCCCAUCAAGCUCCAUCCAAUCUCGCGCGCUUCGCCGUCUCCGCCAUCUUCGCAACGACGCGGCGCACAUGCACACAGUCCUCCAUAUGCGUCUCUAGGUCCUUCUUCCCAACCACCUCCUGCGUGCACCCUUCGGCCGGGCACCCGACGUGCUUCGCGUUCAUGUGAUGUAUCAUCAGGUGGUGCGCAAACGUCGCCUCCGUCACCUUCUGCCGGCACCCCAGCGACGCGAGUGCGUCCCAGCGGUCCGCGCACACGAACUCCGCGAACGGGCUCGACGCCUUCGGGAUGCGCGACGACGACGCGAGGCCGAGCCGCGCCUUCGUCGCGCGCGUGGCCUCCGUGAUCGCGGCCGCGCUGGCGAAGUGGUGCGCCGAGUGUAGGUGCGCCUGCAGCUCCUCGAUCUUGCCCCGGACCUCGGUGCCGCACUGGUGCGCGGCGACGCCGGCGCAGGGUGCCGUGCCGGUGCAGAUGCGGCGCUGGCCUACCGAAAUGACGAAUGCGCGUUGGCGCCGCUGGGUCGGGUCGGCCGGCGCUGGGGGGAAGGGGCACGUGCAUGCGUGGGCGGCAUCGGCGAUGUAGAGGCAGGGGAGGGUGCGCGUGUGGCCGAGGCGCCCGGCGUUCUUGACUUGUCGUGAGAUGUAUUCCUUGCGCAUCGCGUCACAGCUAUGGGGAUAGGACUUGUGUGAGGAGGUACGUACUCUUCAGCUUUGCGCUUGAGAGUGUUUGCGAUGGGUUGCGGCGCGAUCACCGCUUUGGAAGAGCCUGCUGUGGCGGCCGGUGCGGGUCGGGGCACGAACACCGCGGUGGUGUCCAUCCACGAAUACUUCUUGAAGUCCAGCCCGUAGUGAUUUUUCUGGAGCUCGACACGACUAUCAGGAAUGUCAGACACGGGAUCUACUGUGUAGUAGGGAGAAAUGCGACCGACCGUUGACUUUCUUGAGCUUCGGUCAUAGCCGCACUCGCGGUUUCUUUGCCCUUGCCCUUUCUCGAGCGCUUCGGCUUCGGCUGGGUGGUGGCGGGCGUCGCAGCGCCGGAGGGUUCAGCAGCUGCUUGGCCCACCCGCGCCGUCUGCUUCGUCUUCUUCUUGCUCCCUCGCGCAGGCGAGACCGGCGUCGUCGUCGUCGGCGCCGUCGUUCCGAGAGACUUGCGUCGACUGCGUUCGGAAUUGAGGGGCUGGGUCGGGACUGCGUUCUCCGCAACGAAUCGGGCGCCCACUGACUGCGCGGGCUUGUCGUCGGACAUGACGUCGUUCGAUGGGGCGGCGGGCAGCGAGGAGUUCAGGGCGAAGAUCGGAAGUUGGAAGCGCGGGGUGGCAUUGCUGGCCUCGACCAGGUUGGUUUCAUGUCGCGAGUUGUUGUUUGUGGGUGCAGUAGGGCGGGUGGGGAGUGGUAGAACCUCGAUCAUGUCGUCGUCGUCGUCGUCGUCGUCGCCGAACAGCUCAGCCUCGAGACUCUUGUCCAGAGUCUGCGCAUGCUGGAUACUGUCGUUCAGAGCAGAGAUGGGAACGGGAUACGCAGCAAAGCCGAACGCCGGUUCGUCCCCAUCUUCCUCAGCACCAAAGAGUUCAACCUCGAGACUCUGGUCCAUCGCGUCCUUGGAGUCGUCGGCAGCGCCGUGCCAUGCAGUGGAAGUCUCGUUCAUUGGGUUGUCGCUGCCGGCGCCUUCGAAGCGCUCCAUCUCAGCUUGCAGCUUGCGCUCGAGGUCGUCCAUCCCAUCCCCGAGCUCCACUCCUGCACACUGCUCGUCCCCCGCCAGCUGCUGGAACCCAAGCUCAAGCUCCCGAUCCAAGUCCAUAUCAUCCUCCGAAGACACGUCGAAGAUCUCAUAGGAGUCGCAGUUGACCGCAGGAGCGCUUACGGCGGCGCAGAUGGUGGACGGCGACGAUCUGUUUCUGGGGACAAGCCUGCUCUGAUGGCCUGACCGUGCAAUGAUGUGCUACGCUAUAUAAAGGGUCUCCCGACAUGUCUGCGAAGCGCACAGCAACAUAAAGACGAGCCCACGAAUUCUCGGAGUGCAUCCCAAAAAGGCAAUCUAUGAUUGGAACACAAUGCAAAAUGUGGGUGCCGCGAGUUCCGCGGAAGCUGAUCAUGAUCAGGAUGACCGGAAGCGGAAGAACAAUGCGAUAAUGAAAGGAAACUAGGGGAGAUCGUCCGCCGCACUGCGUCUUCGCGGUUGCCAUCAGGCUGGCGUUUGGGGUCGUCCUACCUGCAAGUUUCAAAAGAUAUGCUUCUUCUUGCUUUAUCCGUCACCAGGCUACCUCAAGACACUGAUUCAAUCCAAGCCUGGAGUUUCUAGAGGACAUCGUCUCAGCUUUUGAGAGUGUGAGAAUACGGAUCACUCGUCCGUGCCUUGGGGGGAUCUCCGAUCAGUGGCGAUGCAUCAGAUCGCGCGGCCGGUAACUAAACACCUCAUUGCUCGUGUAGGAAAUUCUUUGUCGGAUCACUGCCAUGAGUGAUCGCAUCAAUGCGGGACUCCACGAAUUGGUUGCUCCCGACGACGCACGCCCCAUUCGGCUGCGAACGCACAGCCUUCCUAACCCGAGUUGUUAGAUUCAAUGCAUUGUCCUCUGCAGGAUUGCCCGUUGCGUGCCGGCACGGCAUACCCCCCUUCGAAGCCCUGCCGUGCGCGGGGCGUUGACGACGGAUGAGCAUCACAACCCUCUAAUUCCCUGAUAUGGCUUCGGCGCACCUUAUUGUCUUCCCGACCAUCGAUGGCAUCAGCGCGCAUCAGGACCAUUCUUUCCAUUGUCCCCAUCACGUGCACAUUCAAACCGGGGGCGAUUUGGCCCCCCUAUAUAUGUAUUACCGCGUCAGGAGGCGCUGGUUACCGCUUUCUGUCCCUCUUCUGCCGCUGCUAUGGAACCGAUCACCGACAAGUCUCGUCUCACCCGCCUCGGGCACGUCGUGGACACGGAGGACGCGCUGAUUCCGGCGCGUCGGGACGGCCAGUUCUGGCACCGCGACGGCGAUGUCGUCGUCGUCGUUGCCGGGCUGCAUUUCAAGAUUACGCACGACUUUUUGUUCGCCACGGACGAGAAUGGCGAGCCGCUGCCUGACGUCAUGAAUCCCUUCACCCGGAACCGACUCCCAGCGCUGUUCGGUGCGCGCGGGACGCCGCAAGACCCGGUGCCGAUGUUUUUUGUUGAGGUGCACGAGAUGCGGGACUUCCUACGAUUUGCGUAUGCCCGAACCAAAGACAUCGCCAAGUUCCGCGGAUUCACGAUCAUGCAGCUCGUCAACGCGACCUCGCUGGCCCUCCAGCUCCAGCGGCGCGACUUCAUCGAUUACGCGCUCGAGGCGCUCCCCGAUCUGCUCUCCGCAGACUCUUCGCAUCGCCUGCGGCACUGCACCGCCGCCGAGUACCGCGCGCUCCUGCGCCUCAAUCGCCGGCUGCCGAUGCCCGACCUCAAGCCCAACUACCCGUUCGAGGAGGACGUGUCCCAGACGUACGCGUGGCGCUUCGACAUGCAGGCCCCGUUCGACAUCGGGACCGCGCUCGACUUUGGCGAGGAGCUGGGGCUGCGCACGAUGCUCGGGCACGUGUACUACGAGGUGCGCAAGCGCAUGGACGCCGAGGACGACAAAAAGGAAGAGGACGACGACGACGACGACGAGGAUGAAGACGACGAGGACGUGUUCAGCUCCCCGAAGCGCGAGAACUCCUGCGUCGCGCGGCUUGCGCCGAUCCACCGCCAGCGCCUCUUCGUCGGCGCGCUCUCGCUGCACAGCUUCUGGCUGCGCACGAUGCUGCGCGCGCCGGCGCUCCCCUGCGCCGACCGCGACGUGUGGCGUGCCGCGUGGCACAGCGCGUGCGUGCAGGUGUGUUCCGAGAAGGGCAGCGCGGACGUCCUGGCGAAGCUCGAGCACCUGCGUGUCGUGCUCGAGGACAAGGUGUGCCCGACGAUCUGGAGCGCGGCCGAGGCGGCCGUCGCCGCCAUCAUCAAGGCCUUCCGCCUGUCGCUGCCGAGUCACUUCUUGGGUCCGGCGAACGAGGAGGAGGAGGAGGCGGUGUUCUGCGACUCUUCCGACGAGGAGGAUGCGUGGGAGGAAGGGUCGACUGAGGAGGACGAGGACGAGGACGGCGAAGACACGAUCCGGGUCAGCUUUCAAGCGACGUCAAUCCCCUCGAAGAACGAGCACGGCGACGAUCAAGAUGCUCUGUCCGAAGACGAUGAUGAGGAUUUUUUUGAAGACGAGGAUGUUUGCAUGUCCAGCGGGCGGAUCGAUUCCGACGUGAUCAUGCACGAUGUGCACACGGAAGGUGUGGACGACCACGAGAUGCCGUUCUGGGGCCCGGUCUUCUCUUGAGUAUAUGCUGCUCAUAUGUGUUCUCUCAUGCUGUGUUCUGUAUAUAAUGGACCUGUCUGCUUGUAUAUCGUCCGUGUUGUGUCGUCCAUCGCUGCUGUACUUGUUUUCGAGAUAUGCUGAAAUGAAUUCUGGUGCUGCUGGGAUCAAGUGACAG